GUUGUGGUUUGGUGGUCACUCAACUGUCCUGGAUGUUUGGCACUGAUGGACCUCCUAAUAUAUCAGUGAUUAAUCUUUAUCUUCCAAAGUAUUUUAUGUGUUUUAUCUCUCUCUCUCUCACUGAGACGUGCGCGCGCGAAGGGGUGGGGGAGAAGCAGAGGGCUAGGAGAGGAAAUGUGGGCGGAUCCUAAACUUUGGCGACGCUAAUAUGAUUGGUUGUUGAACGCCAUCGCAUUGUAGCCAAUAGAAACACGGCAGCUUUGCGUAUAUGAAGGACGAUCGGAGACCGCUGGCUUUUAUUUCAGCUUCGUUCCGUAAACUCAGUGUAAGUAGGAAAUGAGUGGACGGGGAAAAACCGGCGGUAAAGCUAGGGCCAAGGCCAAGACUCGCUCAUCCCGCGCCGGGCUGCAGUUCCCCGUGGGCCGUGUGCACAGGCUUCUGCGCAAAGGUAACUAUGCCGAGCGCGUCGGUGCCGGUGCACCCGUCUACUUGGCCGCAGUGCUGGAGUAUCUGACCGCUGAGAUCCUGGAGUUGGCUGGUAACGCCGCUCGCGACAACAAGAAGACCCGUAUCAUCCCUCGCCAUUUGCAGCUGGCUGUUCGUAACGACGAGGAGCUCAACAAACUGCUCGGGGGAGUGACCAUCGCUCAAGGUGGCGUGCUGCCCAAUAUCCAGGCUGUACUGCUGCCCAAGAAGACCGAGAAAGCGGUCAAGUCCAAGUAAACUUGGCGUUCCCCUAAACUGCAAAUAACCAAAGGCUCUUUUAAGAGCCACCCACCUUAACAACAAAAGUGCAGUUUGUUUAUAUGCCUUCUGUGCAGAACCGGGUUUUCGAUUGACUUGUUACAGUUUGUGUGUAUGGUAGAAUGAAAUAAAAGGAUCCGUCAUCAACACGUCCCACGAUUGCAUACUGAAUACAAUUUAGAAGCUACUCAAGCACGAUGAAUAAACGUACAUGGGCAUCUGUUAAAACUAGGCGAGUGAAGGUGAAAUAGGAGGCGUGUAAUAAUGAACGAACCCAAAA